CUCAAUUAUCCCUUCCCGUGAAGAUAGGUGGCGUGCGUUUCAGGGGGCUCCUCUGUGUUCCACGGCAAAGAAAAGGAGGUGGAAAGAAAAAAAUGUCAUUAGAAGAGGCGUAACACGUCAGUCCCUACCCAGGUUUGUUUCCUGGAGUGGGUGUAAGGCAUCAGUUGUAAACCUGCCCUAGCAGAAACAGCGGUCCCUCCCUCCUCCCAACUAUUUCUAAGGCUUUAUUUCUAAGGCUUUAUUAUCACCGGUGGAACAGGAUCCGCUCACCGACGCGCUCCCGUAUCAUCCCUGCUCCUCUCACAACAGGACCCUCUGACUUAUUCCCCAAAAGCAGAUCUCAGGCUGAAAUCAGGAGAGUCCAUGCGAGCUCCCAUCUGAUCCCCACUCACCACCGCACUUCACUUAUCAAUGAAGCACGAGAUGAUGGCGGAUGGCCCCAGGUGUAAGCGGCGAAAACAAGCCAACCCCAGACGAAAAAACGCACUGAACUAUGAGAACGUGGUGGAAACCGGCUCAGACUCGGAGGAGGACGACAAGCUUCCGGUAUCCGAGGAAGAUCCCCUGCUGAACGGCACUGGAAGCCCCGGCAGCUUGACCAAUCCGGAGGCGUCUCCACGGGUCGAGAGCCACGGCAUGUUGGGUAAAGAGGAGGACGAUGACGACAUGAGGGACAGCGGCGUGGAGCACAUCUGGCCCGACAACGACAUGCUCAGCGCGUCUGUAGAUGGCGCCGAUGAAAUGAAGGACGAUUUCGACGCUCUGGGGCCAGACGGCACAUUGCAGACAGUUGGAAACGGUACAGUGAACAGUAUGGAUUGCACUUCAGAAUUCGAGGACUUCUUCUCCAAAAGGAAGCUGGACGAAAGCGACGGUCACGUGGACAGUAUCGCCGAGUACCUCCAGAGAGGAGACACCGCCAUCAUCUACCCCGAAGCCCCAGAAGAGCUGUCCCGCCUGGGUACACCUGAGGCGGCUGGCCCAGAGGAGAAUGACCUGCCACCUGGAACGCCAGAUGCUUUCGCCCAACUGUUGACCUGCCCGUACUGCGACCGCGGCUACAAGCGCUUGACGUCGCUGAAGGAACACAUCAAGUACCGGCACGAGAAGAACGAGGAGAACUUCGCCUGUCCGCUAUGUAACUACACGUUUGCGUACCGCACUCAGCUGGAGCGGCAUAUGGCCACGCACAAGCCCGCCAGAGACCAGCACCAACUGUUAAACCAAGCAGCUGGCAACCGCAAGUUCAAAUGCACCGAGUGUGGCAAGGCGUUCAAAUACAAGCACCAUCUGAAAGAACACCUCCGGAUCCACAGCGGUGAAAAACCCUACGAAUGCCCCAACUGCAAGAAGCGCUUCUCCCACUCGGGCUCCUACAGCUCACACAUCAGCAGCAAAAAGUGCAUCGGCCUGAUCGCUGUGAACGGACGCAUGCGAGCCAACAUGAAGACUGGCUCCUCCCCCACGUCCGCCUCCUCCUCGCCAACUAACACCGCGAUCACCCAGCUCCGGCAAAAACUCGAAAACGGGAAACCUCUCGGCCUUCCAGAACCUAACAACCACCACAUGAGCAUCAAGACAGAACCACUAGACUUCAAUGACUACAAGCUCAUGAUGGCGUCGCACGGGUUCGGGGCGCCAGGACCUUUUAUGAACGGAGGCGUGGGUGGCAACAGUCCCAUGGGCGUCCACCACAACUCCACAGCCCAAAGCCCGCUGCAGCACCUGGGCAUGGCCGGGCUGGAUUCGCCCUUACUAGGCUACCACGGCCCGCUAGCUAACAACCUGAGUGAGGUACAGAAGGUGCUCCAGAUCGUGGACAAUACCGUUUGCCGGCAGAAGAUGGACUGCAAACCAGAGGAGCUAUCCAAACUCAAGGCCUACAUGAAGGAGCUGGGGUCUCAGAUGGAGGAGCAGCAGAAGCAGGCAGGCGGGCAGGUCGGGCUCCCCCUGGUCAGCCACAACGGAGCCACCAAAAGUAUUAUCGACUACACGCUAGAGAAAGUGAACGAAGCCAAAGCCUGCCUCCAGAGCCUCACCACGGACUCCAAGAGGCAGAUUAGCAAUAUCAAACGGGAGAAGUCCAACCACAUGCUCGACGGAGGUGUGGAUGACAAGGUGCAGGAGAACAUGUUUACACCGUAUGCUUGCCAAUACUGCAAAGAAACCUUCCCCGGGCCCAUCCCCUUACACCAGCACGAGCGCUACCUGUGUAAGAUGAAUGAGGAGAUCAAGGCCGUGCUGCAGCCCACGGAAAACCUGAUGGCCAACAAACCAGGCCUGUUCCUGGAGAAGAACAGCCACCUCUCCCCCUCCCUUCUGUCGGACAAGGGCCUCCCCGCGCCUCUUAAUCCUUACAGGGACCACAUGUCUGUGCUAAAGGCAUACUUCGCCAUGAACAUGGAGCCCAACUCAGAGGAGCUGCUUAAGAUUUCCAUAGCCGUGGGCCUUCCUCAGGAAUUUGUCAAAGAGUGGUUUGAGCAGCGGAAGAUGUACCAGUACGGCAGCACCAGGACGCCCCCGCUGGAGCACAGGAACAACUCAGACAUGGUAAUCGGAACAAAUAACCUCCACACUCCUCCUAAAGACUCUAUGGUGCCCCAGUCACCUGUGUCUCUCAUGAAAGCUACUGAGCGCAUCACGUCCCCCUCCAUCGCCGAGCUCCACAACAACGUCAACAACUGUGACAACCCUCUGAGACAUCUGAAAAACCACCAGUUCAGCGGCAGUGCCAAAGCCCGCGGAGACAAGCUGGACCACUCCCGCAGUAACACGCCCUCCCCCCUCAAUCUGUCCUCCACCUCCUCCAAGCACUCACACAGCAGCUCCUACACUCCCAACAGCUUGACUUCAGAGGACCUGCAGGCCGAGCCGCUGGACCUGUCUCUGCCCCGCCUCAUGAGGGAGCCCAAGCAUGCACUGACUGUCAAAAGCAGACCCAAAAUCAACAGUAUCACCAUGGACCACAGCAGCAUCCCCUCGCCCAGAGAGCACUUCGAAGAGCCUUUGAACUUGGCCUAUCUCAAAAAGGAAUUCUCCGCCGCCAACAACGGAAACUUAGAGAAAAGCACUAGCCCUAUUUUUGGCAUUAACCCUUUUGCAGCCAAGCCCCUGUACACGUCCCUCCCCCCUCAGAGCGCGUUCCCUCCGGCCACAUUCAUGCCCCCCAUGCAAGCUAGCAUCCCAGGGCUGAGGCCAUACCCAGGCAUUGAUCAGAUGGGCUUCCUACCACACAUGGCCUACACUUAUGCAGCGGGGGCAGCUACGUUUGCCGAGAUGCAGCAGAGAAGGAAGUACCAGCGGAAACCCGGGUUCCAGGGGGACCUGCUGGACGCCACGCCCGAUUACUUGUCCGGCCUGGAUGACAUGACAGACCCCGACUCCUGUCUGUCGCGGAAGAAGAUUAAGAAGACUGAAAGUGGUAUGUACGCGUGUGACUUGUGCGACAAAACAUUCCAGAAGAGCAGUUCCCUUCUCAGACACAAAUAUGAACACACAGGGAAGCGACCCCACCAAUGUCAGAUCUGCAAGAAGGCCUUCAAACACAAGCACCAUCUAAUCGAGCACUCGCGUCUUCAUUCUGGGGAAAAACCGUACCAGUGCGACAAAUGCGGCAAACGGUUUUCGCACUCCGGUUCGUAUUCCCAGCACAUGAACCACCGCUAUUCCUACUGCAAACGGGAAGCGGAGGAACGCGAGGCGGCUGAGAGGGAAGCGAGGGAGAAGGGCGGUCACCUGGAGCCCACCGAGCUGCUCAUGAGUCGGGCUUACCUGCAAGGCCUGGCCCCGCAAGGUUACCCGGAGCUGGGCGAACGCGAGCCGAUCCUGAGGCACGAGGCGGCCGUGGCGACGAUGAACGGAGGGGGCGGGGCCAUAAGGGAGGAACGCAAGGAAGUGGAAGGAACGUACGGGAAGAUGGGUAAUAGUGGAGGAGGAGGAGGAGGAGGUGGAGCGAGGGAGGAGGAGUUCGAGGAAGAGGAGGAGGAGAGCAAAAGCAUGGACACGGACCCGGAGACGCUGAGGGACGAAGAGGACGAGAGCUCGCUGGACGGCAAAACGGAAACCAAAUCACCGGAGCAUGAGGACAACGCGGAGGACGCCAUUUGAAAAGCUCAUUCUUAAUUUUUUUCUUAAAGGUCCUAUAUUACACAAAAUGGAUUCUUGUGAGCUUUAAGCCGUGUUGGAAUGUUUACCUCCGCAAAAACAUACCUCGAGUUUCGCCCAAACGCUGAAAAAUCCUGGUUUAUUAGCGUUUCUACAUCUUUAAAAAACACUUCCUGUAUCACUACAUGACAUCACGAGGUGGAACAGAGUGUUUUCAGCUUGAGCGAAGAACUCAAUCUAAAUAUUCAGUGCGCUAAACACGUGCGAAUCCAUCAAACAGCAACUCCAGGUGUGUUUUUAACGAGGAAACAACAUUGUAACAUAGAUCAGAAAAUAGCGUAAUAUGGGCCCUUUAAAGCUUCCCAUGUUUUUUGGUUUUUUUUAUUAUUUUUGUUUCGUUUUUAUUUCGGGUUCAGUUUAAAACGUUUUAAUGUUUUAAGCUGUACGUGCACGUGCCUGAAGCUCCUCGGAGGGUGGCCGAAACUCCAAUCAAUUCAGACGAAGAGGAAGAGACGGAGAAAGAGGAGGAGGAAGAAGAAGAAGAGGAGGAGGAGGGGCAUGGUUUUGUCAAAUAAGCUGCGAUAUGCAAAAUGAACAAUGAAAUAAAGAAAUACAAAAAAUGUACAGUACUAAGGCCUACAAAUACGUGUGGUGCUAACCUCCUCCAGAGCCCCCCAAGUGUUCCAUAGUAUUUAUAGCACAACUAGUGACUUGUACAAAUUGCACUCUGCUUAUAAUCAUGAACAAAAAUAAUAAAAAGUAUUGCCUAUUGUAUAUAUUUAUACAGUGUUGGAAAAAAAAGCAGUUCUCCGCACCACAUGUUCCCCCCUUUGUUAUUCCGGUGUCGUCUUUUUAGUUUCCAGCCAAAAAGAAAAACAAAAAAAUACUGCAGCAGCCACACUGUUUUAAGGCCUCCAAAAUGGAACUCCAAAUGGACUUUAUGAAGGAAGCGCGUUGAAGUUCGGAACGACGUGAAGGGAAGGAAUGGGGGAAGUGACGGACUAAGCCUUUUAAGGUGUUUGACAAAGCCUUAUAUGCAAAUCUUUUUAACCUGUGUGCCACCCUGGUGUUGUUGUUGGACGAUUUCGUGUUCACCAGCGCAGUGUUCUGAAAUGGUCACGUUGUUGUCAGUAUUCUGAUAGGCAGCAGUCCUUUAGUUUACAUUCUGUUGUGCAAUGUUUUUACUCACUUAAACUUUCUUUGUCAGUAUUACGCCAAACCGUUUUUGUUUUUUUUUUCUUAUUUUGAAAAACAACAAAUUGCAUUCAUUUUGUUUGUAGGUUCAAACGUUAUUUAUGUGGCCCAUUUUAUAUUUCCUAAUUUUAUUUAUUUCAUACUGUUGUGUACAGUACUAUAGUUCUUCAAUAUAUAGAUAUAUUUUAGUAAAAAGGAACAUGGUGUCGAUCAUAGGGGCAAAUUUAAAGAGAGCAUUUAUUGUGUUUUGAAACAUUGUGAAAUGCGAAGUUUAACCUUAUUUUAUUUUAUUUCCUUUAUUUUCCAAUUCCAAAUUUGGGAACUUUUAUACAAUUGUGAAAACACUGUAUUUUCGACUGAAAAAUUCCACUUUCUUCAUCUUUGUUUUUUUAAGCUAAAAAAUGAAGAGGGACUGUUAAAUACUAUGUAUGAUAUCAUGAAGAAGAAUCUUUCCUGAAAUGUCUUUGUAAAAGUAUUAUUGAAUUCUUAAUUUGUAAUUUCUUGAAAAUGACCCUGCUCGAAUAAAGGUAGCCAAAUUACAGAGUA